UCACCACCCACCUCCAGUUCAGUUCAACCCCCCUUACCCCUGCAUCGUGAACGCGCGCAGCACGGAGCAGCUGUCAUUGAGUGGAGGCGGGGGCGCGCGCGCACACCGCAUAGAGAGGGAGGCUAUGCUGUGUGAGGAUUACUCUGCAACAUCUUGGCCAUCUUGAAGCAGGCAAGAUGAGACGUUGACACAAAAGCCACACAGAAGACUGGACUCGUUUUUUGGUCUUCUAGUUUUUGGCUGGCGAGAACGGAAAAGACAACAAAAGACGUUAUUGUGUGCGUGAGUCGUGGAUUAUUCCGAGGACAUCGUCCUGAAACCAUGAGCUGGGGCUCAGAGCUAUGGGAUCAAUUUGACAAUUUGGAGAAGCAUACGCAGUGGGGGAUCGAGUUUGUGGAGCGGUACACCAAAUUUGUCAAGGAGAGGUCAGAGAUAGAAAGCAACUAUGCAAAACAAAUUAGAAAUUUAUCAAAGAAGUACCAACCCAAGAAGAACUCUCGAGAAGAAGAAGAAAGCAAGUACACAUUCUGUCGAGCCUUCCUGACCACGCUCAACGAACUCAACGACUAUGCGGGGCAACACGAGGUGAUUGCCGAGAACUUAACGUCACAGAUCAUCACUGAGCUUUCGCGCUACCUGCAGGAGAUCAAGGCCGAGAGGAAAUCGCACUUUCACGAUGGCCGCAAAGCACAGCAGCACAUCGAGUGCUCGUGGAAACAGCUGGAAUCGUGCAAAAGGAAGUUUGAGCGUGAUUGCAAAGAGGCAGACAAAGCACAGCAGUACUUUGAGAGGAUGGAUGCUGACAUCAACGUGACUAAGGCUGAUGUGGAAAAGCGAAGUUCCCUCAAGGCACGGCAGCAAGCUCAGGUCAGGCACCAGAUGGCGUCCGACAGCAAGAGCGAUUACUCGUCCUACCUACAAAAGUUCAAUCAGGAGCAGAAUGAACAUUACUACACGGUGAUCCCCAACAUCUUCCAGAAACUUCAAGACAUGGAGGAGAAGAGGAUCGAGAGGAUAGGAGUGUGCAUGAAGACGUUUGCCGACUUGGACCGCCAGGUCCUGCCCAUCGUGGGGAAAUGUUUAGACGGCAUGACGACGGCCGCCGAGUCCAUCGAGCCAAAGACAGACUCCAAACAGGUGGUGGAGUCUUACAAGUCAGGCUUCGAGCCCCCGGGAGAUGUGGAGUUCGAGGACUACGGGCAGGCCAUGAAGAGGACGGUGUCCGACACGAGCCUGACCAACUCACGGGAGGGCAAGGAGAGGCCGUCGGGCAAGAGCAAGGGCAAACUGUGGCCUUUUAUUAAGAACAAAAACAAGCUUAUGUCCCUGUUAACGUCCCCACGCCAGCCCCCACCUGCUCCCCCAGCCUCAUCCCCGCCCUCACCCUCUACUGUUCCCAACGACUCCCAGUCUCCCAAGCAGCAAAAGGAGCCCCUCUCCCACCGCCUCAACGACUUCAUGGCGUCCAAACCCAAAAUGCACUGCCUCCGGAGCCUGAGGCGAGGGCAGCAGCAAUCGCCGCGCUCGCUCGCUUGUCACAAAGAGCUCAUGAAGAGGACUCUGGGCCGGCCCACGUACGCGUUUGAAGCCAGGCAAUACGUCCUUUCUCUCAAGCUGAUCACACUCAAUUCCCACGUCCGGAAUCUCAUUGAGGGUUCUGGACCCGAGGACUUCAGCCACCUUCCGCCAGAGCAGAGGAGGAAGAAGCUGCAGGCCAAGCUGGACGACCUCAACAAAGACAUCCAAAAGGAGAUGGACCAGAGGGACGCGCUCACAAAGAUGAAAGACGUCUAUGUGAAGAACCCGCAGAUGGGAGACCCUACCAGCGUGGACCCUCGGCUAGCAGAAAUCGGGCAGAACAUCGAGAAGCUCCAGUUUGACGUGCAGAAAUUUGAGGGCUGGCUAUCUGAGGUGGAGGAGAGGAUGCCGUCCAAGAGUGACACGCACCGGAGAAGCAUAGUCUACGAGAGCCAGAACAGCACGGCGGUGAACAACAACUGUGCGCAAGACAGAGAGAGCCCGGACGGCAGCUACACAGAGGAGCAGAACUCAGAGACGCACGUCAAAGCCAACGCCAACCCCAACCCCACGUCCACCACGCCGGAGUUUGACGACGAGUUUGAUGAUGAAGAGUCGCUGCCCACCAUCGGCACCUGCAAGGCCUUGUACCCUUUUGACGGCCACAACGAGGGCACCAUCUCAGUGGCGGAGGGCGAGCUGCUGUACGUCAUCGAGGAGGAUAAAGGCGACGGCUGGACACGAGUGCGCAGGAACGAGGAUGAGGAAGGAUACGUCCCCACGUCCUACGUUGAGGUCUUUUUGGGAACCAACGCCAAAGGUGCUAUGACAUACAUUUAACAGACAGUGCGUAUGUGUGUCGUUUUUUUCUUUUUUUUUUUUAUACCGUCAGUCAGAAUGGUGUAGUUCCAAUCCACACAGUCCGCUACCACGUCCUGUCUCUUCCCGAGGGAAGGAGCAGUCCAGCAGAAUUCCUCUUUUGUGCCUCAUUGAGCUCAGUGUUAGGAAAGCAAGGAACAAGCACUGCAGUGCCACCUAGUGGUCAAAGACAACCUCAUCACAAACAGUAUUUGACUUUUUAUUUGGAGGGGGUCAAGAUUUCAACUGCUGUAUUGUAAUAAAUCACACACACGUGAAUGUAACGUGCACAUUUGUACUGCUAAUCGGAACGCAUGCUAAAUGUGUAACGACGACAACGUUUCAAUCUGCUGUAAAGUGUUUUCAGAUAUGUGAAAAGUUAUUUUUGUAGGUUACUGUUAAACAAAAUAUAGGUAAAUCCCCAUUUAAAGAGUGGCAUGCUGUAGAGCUAUAAUAUAUUUGACUUUUUAAUGACUAUAAGUAGCGGCUGCUGUUUAAAAUUAGCCUUGUAAAUAAAGUCAGGCAGGUGCAGUUCACAUGUGAUGCACUUUAAAUAAAUCAGUAACAAGCUGAAACACACAUUAUUGUUAUUAUUGAACUUAAAAGACACCGCAAGAAAUCUUCUAACAUCCAACCAGUAAUGUAAAAUGGGAAGAAGAAUGCUAACUGUAUUAGCUUGAGCUACUGCAGUGACUCACUGUCACCCCCUGAGGAGUAAAGUGGUAUACGUCUGACACUACUGUACCUUGUAAGUGGAAAGCUGAAAUACACUUUUAUUAUUUUCUUAAAAAGACGCCAAAAGAAACCUUUUCAUAUCCAAUAAGUAAAGGGUCAGAAAAAUCACAGACGACGAAUGCUAGCUGCAUGAGCAUGAACUACGCAGCUGGUCACUGCUUUGAAUAAAAUGCUGUAGUGUGACCCCCCCCCGAGGAAGACAGUGGUAUUACGUCUGACAUUACUGUACCUCGUAAGUUCAAAGCUGAAAUACACUUUAUUUUCCUUAAAAGAACCCAAUGACAUUUCCCCACAUCCAAUCCCAGAAAAAACACGUGAAGGAGAAGAAUGCUAGCUGUAUUAGCAUGAGCUAUGCAGUUGGUCACUGCUUUGAAUAAGAUUCUGUAUUGUGACUCACUGUUACCCCCCUGAGGAGGAAAGUGGUAUUACGCCUGACGCUAUUGUCCCUUGCGCAGUAGUUUCCCCCCUCUCAUAGUGUACGUUUAAAGUACAUCAAUGACUCACGUGGAGUUGGCUUGCUGUCUUUUUCCCCUCCAUCGCCAUCUAAUGUUUCUUUUUCUUUUUGUCACCUGUUUUGUUUGUUAUUUCCUUUCCUGCGUUGCAGAUUCCUAAAAGUGCGAGGCUGGCUGAGGAGUGGCAGGGCAAGCAGCCUCAGAGAAAUCACCGAGACGGCCAAUUAGAACGAAUUUUCCACGCCCCACACACACACACACACAGUAUUUGGAGAAAUCCAAAUUGUUAGUGCUUGUCAUCCUAACAGCUCCUGCCGUAAGGACACAGAAUUCCGCUUUGCGACUAACCCGCAUUGCUCUCAGCUCAGUGGGCGUGGUCAGAGAGAGGACCACUGGAGGAGGCCCCGCCCCCUGUUGCAUCACCACCACCCCCACCCCAUCCAACAUGCUGUGUGAAUGUGUGACUGCAGGAGCUCCGCCCACUGCGGGAGGCGGAAGUGCUCACAGUGCUUACGCUCAUCAGUCCGUCAUGUCGCUGGUGUCUGCUCCUCUCUCUGACCUGAUGCCACCACGCCCCCGUCCACCCACGCUCCUCCCCGCCCUCACCUGCACAGCUCCCCCACUCCACAUCCCCUCCACCCCCCUGCAGGCUAGCACCUUGGCUGCCAUUUCUGCAGCCGUUUGGGUCGCGUUGUGGUGCGCUGCAUGCUUGCCCUGUCUUCCUCCUCGCCCCCCUUGGCCCAAGGGGCGGCCACGGGGUUGGUGGCGGUGGGGUGCCGGGUCACCCCCCUCCUUCCCGCCAGCGUUUACGUUGAGUUAACCCCCCAUUGCCUGAUCAAACUCACAUAACCUGAAUGCCACCAGAGAGCAUGUCAGCCACCCCACCCCCAUGUCCGCCCACCCCUAGCGUCAGAACACAAGCAGGACCCCAAGAUAAAUAAGUGAGAUCUUGAUUGCCUUGUGUUCUGCUGUGUGUUUUACUUUUGUCUGUUGUCAUCACAAACAACUGCUCCUCCCCGUCUACUGUAUAUGAGAAUAUACUGUGAGCCUGCGUCAUGUGAUCAGAAUGAGACACUUCCUGCUCACUCUCCCAAAAAGCACCACACUGUCAAGACUAAACUCAGCCAGUUAUGUCCAACCAUCACAACGGCACAUAUGUCUUUUUUUAUUUUCAUUUUAUAAUUGACAUUUUUGUAGGAUUAUUUUGAGCUGAAAACGCGUUUAUUGCGUCUUCUGCCCGGGACGGGCCUGAAACCCUUUUACUGCAAAUAGGUGGCGUACGACUCCCAAGUACGCAGGAGCGUUAGGGUCACACUAAAAAGAAAAACAAAAGUAUCAAAGAUGCUCAAGGCGGUCAUGUUCCGAGAAUAAAGUUGCGAUGUUAGCAGGUUCAUGCCGGAACGUUACAACAAUAAAGUUGUAGUAUUACGAUGAAUACGUUACUGGUAAGACUAACAGAAAAGUCAUUUUAUGGGAGUAUUCAGAGAAAACCUUUAGAGGAAAACUGCACUUUUUUGUUGGAAUUUUGCCCAUCAUUCACAAUCCUUUUGAGACAUGAACACACGUCUUUCUCUUUUCUGUGUGUUCUAAAGAUAUAAAAACUGCUAAAAAGAGGCAGCUAAGAAUGCAUGUAAUGGGACACACCUCUGAAAACCUCCAAGCUUUUAUGGUUUGAUAUCCAUGAUGUGAGCAUGUAGUAACAGGCACAUUCAUGAUAACGUGAUAUUUUGCCGUAUUUUGGUCAUUUUAAGCAGUAGCAAACCUUACUUCUGGGCGCAUUGGUUUCACAUAGCAACAUAGAAAGGAGCGCUGCACCAAACACAGCAGCAGUGGCAGCAGCUCCAAUAUGUGGCGCUACCUUUCGGUAGUGGCCUGAGGCGUGACUCCGUGGGCGAGUGUGUGGUAGCCGCUAGCCGGCUGGUAGAUAGCCGGUGUGGUGUAGCGAGGUGUCACUAUGCCAGUAACGUACUUCUUCAGCGUGAGAAUGUCACUGUAGUUUGAUUAAUAUGCAGGUCACAUCAGGUAAAUGGAGUGUUGUUGGCAGUUUUGGGAGUUUCUUUCUUCUUUCUUAUUCCCCCGGAAUAGGUGUGUCCCAGUACGUACUUUCGGGCCUGCCUCUUUUUAGCAGUUUUUAUAUGGUUAGAACGCACAGUAAAGAGAAAGACGUGUGUUCGUGUCUCACGUAAGGAUUGUGAAUGGCGGGCAAAAUUCCAACAAAAAAGUGCAGUUUUCCUUUAAUGUUAAUGCAGCAAAAUCAAAAAAAGAUGCCAUAAUUCUACCAACCAAUGUUUGAAACAAAAAUGUUGUAAUAUUAGGAGAAACAAAGGCAACGUUACGAGAAUUAAGUCGUAAUUUAUAUAUAUGUAUAUAUAUAUAUGUAUGUAUAUAUAUAUAUAUAUAUAUAUAUAUAUAUAUAUAUA